CAACUUUUUCCCUUCUCCAGCGACUCUCAGUCGCAUACAGCCUCGCACUGAUCGUCAUGGACCCCGAGUCAUCCCUUCAGUUACCGCAGGAGAUGCUCAACUUCACCACUACAGCCUCGAUUCUGACCCCUCGGCUGGGAAGACUGGCCGUGGCGGGCAGGAAACCCAUCUCCACGCCGCACUACAUCCCUCUAACAUCUCGAGGAAUCGUUCCGCAUAUAACACAUGAUAUCAUGCGCGAUCAAACUGCUAUUGGCAGUCUCUUUAUUGGACUUGAAGAUUUCAUAGAAAGACAAACCCCGAAGCAUCCCUUCCCUCCUGCAUAUACGAUUCCGACGGCAGCCAACGAGUCGGCGCUGCGCAAUUUCAUCUGCCAACCCGACGACCAGCUGUUGAUCAUGGGCCCGCGUCGCGAACCGCCGAUCAAAUGCCCGCCCUCGAACACGCCCAACUCGGUCGCCAUCCUUACCUCGGUGGGCUACCGACAACUGGAGGCGACGCACUACCUGGAUGCCAUCCGCCACCUGCGGCCGGAUAUUGUCGUCGGCCUCGCUGACCUGGUGCGCGGCCACAACCCAGGACUGAAGCGGCGCGGGAAGAUGGUCGACCGGACGCACGCCUACACAACGCACGCCACGGAACAGCUGUACAACCACAAAGCCACAACGCAGCGAUCGAAUGCUGUCUACUUUGCCCCGGUGCUGCCGCUCGAGAACGCGGAGCAGUCCAUCUAUUUGGAGGAUUUGGAAAAUGACCUCCGCCCGUACAUCUCGGGCCUGGCGCUGUACGAGUCGGCCUCGCUCUCCGCCGUGUCGGAGGGGCUGGGCGACCUUCCGCGACUGCUGUUUGGCGCGCCGGCCACCCCUCACGAUAUCCUCCGCGAUGUCUCGCUGGGCGCGGAUCUGCACACCAUUCCUUUCGUGGGUGUAUGUUCCGACGCCGGCAUUGCCCUGGACUUCACCUUCCAGCCGCAGCAGCAGCAGUCGCAAUCAUCUCCUACGUCCACUCCAUUAGCCUACGACCUCUGGUCCCCCGACCACAAAACCGACACCCGCCGGCUCUCGGAAUCAUGCGAAUGCUACACCUGCCGCAACCACCACCGCGCCUACCUGCACCAUCUGCUCUCCGCCAAGGAGAUGCUCGCGUGGUCCCUCCUGCAGAUCCACAACCACCACACCAUGGACAUCUUCUUUGCUCAGAUCCGCGAGAGUAUCGAACGGGGUACUUUUGAUGUUGAUGCCCAGACCUUCUCGCGGACAUACAGCUCGGAGCUCCCCGAGCCGAAGGGUCAAGGACCACGACUACGAGGCUACCAACUCCCCGCCUCCGGCCCCAACCAACCCCGCCGGCACGCCCGGGUGUACGGCCGCCUCGACGACGCGGCGGAGAAAUUCGCCGAGUCGCAAUCCUCCGUGGCCACGCCCGAUACGGGCGCCGAGGGGCUGGAGGAGCACGGGUUUGCGGAGAGGGCUAGCGGACUAUGACUAGAGCAUAUCAUUUGAAAAUUGCAUAUACGAUAUAAUUCAAGAAGCAUUGCGGU